UCCGUUUCUGUUGCUCACGUGACUUUACAACAACAUGGAGACGGUUGGUGCAAGUAUUGCAACAUCACUUUUGUAAUAUAAAGAAAUUCUUAUCCAGUUGGACAAAUCUAAGAUGAUCAGAAAGCCGUGCAAAAUAAGUUCCAAAUCUUCGCGCUUUAGCAGCAGCAUAAAUCAAGUUGUGAGAAAAUGGAAAGAGCGGGUCAAAUAUCUAUCAGUCCUACUUCCCGAUCAUCGGUGGGAGAGAUUGAUAAUCAGUCGGGGGAACGCGUGUCUACCUCCUUGUCGUUUACCUUACUCGAUCUUCCAGACGAUGUUCUUUACAUUAUCUUCGACUACUGCAGCCCGGGAAUUCUUUGCACGAUAUCAAGAGUCUGUAGACGUUUGCGUAUGCUGGCUUCAGAAGACUGCGUCUGGCAACGACAUGAAAGAGAGAGAACCGUUAUGAGACUGAAACAAAACCGAAAGGUGUAUGGACUGAAAGAAAGGUAUCGAGUUGCUGUGAACUGGGAGAAAGGUCAUCACCAAGAUUCAUGGUUGUUGAGACAUAACAUCAGACUUCUCCCAUGGGUGCAGAAGGAUGAAAAUAUCCUAUGGAUAUCAAGGGGUAACCAAAUCUGUAAAUUUCAUGUCAAAAGCAGUGGCCAUUUACGGGAGUACCAGAUUGGUCCUCUGCGUGGUCUGGAGGCAGAUGUGACUCGAUUUGUUGUCAAAAAUGGCCUUGUAGUCAGUGGAUGUAGAGGAGGAGGUGUAUGUGCAUGGGAAGCUACAUCCUGUGUGCUUCUGUUGCGACACAGCUACCUUCACAGGAGCGACACACAAUGUGUAGAUAUGGUGGAUGACCUUCUCAUUUCAGGGUCAAAGGACAAGACAGUGAAGUUUACACCAAUGUUCCGUAAGGACCUGACUGUGGUGAAGUCCUUUAAGAUUGGUGAUCGAGUCUGGUCUUUGUCUGUGUCACCAGACAAAAAGACCUUAGCUGUGGGGGGUGCCUGUCAUAAUAACCCACCAGUCAGCCUGAUUGAUCUGUCCAGUGGUUUUCUGCUGGGUCAUCUUGGUGAUGGACACAAACGAGGAGCGGGAGUUAUGGACAUGGCCUUUGAGUCCCCCAACAUUUUAUUGACUGGAGGGCAUGAUACCUAUCUUCGUAUGUGGGACUUGCGCACACACACCUGUGUCCAGUUGUGGGAAGACCCUUUUGACUCGGCGGUGUACUGCCUACAGACAGAUGGCCAGAAUACAGUAAUCACGGGAACAGCUCGUCAUGGUUUGGUACGGCUAUGGGACAAGCGACAAAAGGACCACAUCCAGGCCUACUACACAGGGAAUCAGAGCAGUCCUGUAUACUCCAUGGCAAGCGAUGUUCAUCGUCUCUAUGUGGCAUUGGACAUGGGACUCAACAUGAUGGACUUUUCCGUCAGAUGAAGGCAGCGCCCCAUCCUUACUAGCGGCUGCACAAGACAUGCUUGCUAUUAUCGGGGCUUCUUGGUGUCUGUACUUGUAGAUCUGUUUUGCAAUACUUUGAGUUCAUGACUGCAUGCUCAUGCACAAUUCUUACAUUCAUGACAGAUGGAUGUAUGUAUAUCUGUUGCAAAGUGAUGUGCAUUUUAAAUUAAAAAAAUUUUUUGUGAAGAGAGAGAAUGAGGAAUAGAAAGAGAAAGGGCGAUGAUGAUGGAGUGAUUGUAAGUGUGUGUUUGUGUGUGUGCCCAUGCAUGUAUACACAUGUCUGCAGUAUGUAUUUACAUGCCUAAAAGAUAUUGUCCUGGGCUUUGGUUAAACUUUGCACAAGGGGAAGAAAUUAUAGGAGAUAAUUAAUCUUCUGCAAAGAAGCUUUGUUCAUUUUAAAUCAGCUUUAAAUGUCUAAUGUUUGGUUUAUCUGCUCCUGUGACUCUGAGAGAGCAGGACAGCAUCAGAUUUUGUCUCAUGAGAGAUGAGCUUGAUCUUUUAUACUUGUUCAUCAUGAGCUGUCCUGAGAGGUGACCAGAAUGUGUCUUUUCUUUGCUGUAAAAUGAAAACAAAGCUGUUAACACACUGGACCUUUUGGUCACUUUGAGUUAUUAGUGGUCAGAAUUACUAAGUGUAUUGCAUGUCCAGUGAGUUAAACAAUGUUGCUGCUGCCCUUUUACCACAUUUAUACCACACAGCAUUGUAAAGGCCUGUUUUGACAAGCAAACACAGAUCAUCGCUAUAGGCAUCAUGUAACAUUUGGUCACACUAUUAAUACAGUAGGAAUUAAGCAGGAAAUAAGCUGGGCUUAGUAAACUAAGUUUGUCGUGUGAAUUCUUUGUUGUGCUAAGCCAGACUGAGAUUUUGCACAUAAUAAAUAGGAAAUUGGGUACUCUCCUAGUAAGUACAAGUUAAAAUUGAUACUUCUAUCUUUUAAGAGAUUUAUUGGCUGUUGAUAAAAGACUUUUUGUAAAUUUUUAUGGCCUAUUUUCUGGUUAGAUAAAUCUUUUUGUCAAAAUUACGUCAGCUGUAAUGCUUUAACCUUAAUUUAAAAAAGUAAGUAAAUGUGGUUUCACAUCCAUUGCUGCAGAACAGUAAGGUUAAACUAUUCAUUAAAAAUUGGAAAAUGUGCCGAAUAUGUACUUUUGGAAAAAUGUAGGAUAGGUAUGUGUGGUCUAAUAAUGCAUGCAAAGUUUUUUAAAUGAAGUAACAUUUAAGAGCUAGUUUGUACCAUCUUUUCCCCAAAAUAACUGGGUCAUAUUAAUUUUUGCACUAAAAAAAAGGUAAUAGAACUUUUUUCCCACUAAAUAUCUUAUUUUUUCAUGUAUAAAAAUCUACAUUUCUUCUAGUACAGUCAUGUCAUCGUCUGAUGAAACAUCAUCAUAACUCUCCAAACCGUCUCCAAACCGUCUCCAAACCCUGACUUUUGGUCUGAAUUUCUUGUGACUCCAUUUAUGCAAAGGUGCAUAUCUCUCAUUAUCAUUUAUUUAAAACAUGAUUAAUAAAUAAUAUCAUUGCUUUAUUAUUCAGUACAUCCGUUGUGUUUCAAUGGACAAACGAAAUCCGUCCGUCUGGCUGACGAUCUUAGCUAGGGCUUUUAUUUGAGGUAGGGCUCAUAGCAUACACAACCUAAAAGAUCAUUUUAGAAUUUAUUUUCAAGUUAGGUCUUAUUUUAGGGAAACAUGGUCACUAUGUUUUAGUUUUAGAAGAGUCUGUGAAUGUACUUCAUGAUAAGUGAUCAGUCACCUCUUUUGUUUGUUUUUCAUCAGAAAUCUGAUGCUGAUGUGAAAAUGGAAGACAGUUGUGGCUCAGACGUGUUAUAUGCAUGAUUAUGUUUCAUGUUUAUUUAGCUGUGAGCAAGUUACCAAGUCUUUCACAAGUGUGCAAGGAGAUAAUGGGAUCUGUGGAAUCAAAUCUGUUGUUAAAGCUGUUUGCCAUUGUUAUCUAACCUUGUUACCAAUGUUUUCCUACAUGAAUUAAUAUAUAUAAUUAAUAUAAUCUUUGCAGGUCAUAAACUUUCUUGCGGGUAUGGCUGAUAUACAUUCUCAGUAUAUUUGCUAAAUGUGAAAGUUUGUUUUAUGAAUGAAAUGGGUUAGGAAGCAUGUAAAACCCUGAGAAAAGAGGAGUUUUUUGGUUCAUAUGUACAUGCAAAUAUCCAUCAGCACGAACAUACUGCCACAUUUCUUCAUCCACGUACACUUCAGGAAGUGGUCAGUCUUGAUAGUUGUUUAAAAGAGAGCGAGAGAAAAAAUUUCAUGUUUAAAUGAAGUUUGGUGUUGAUAAUUAUGCCGCUCCCCCACGCCCCUCCCCACAAUAUAUUUUUGUGGCAGGAUAGCACGGAUAUAGACUGCUUUUCGUGAUUUUUGAUUGUCAUAAUCUUUCUUUGCUCUAUCUUAACAUGCUUUGCUGAGGUAAUGUUAAUUUCAUACUACUUUAUAACCUCCUCGGCCCCCCUCUUUUAUUUAUUUAUUUAUUUUUUUGAAAGGCUUAGAGCCCUGUGGGAUGUGAUGUGACGUGUUCAAAUCAUUAUUGUGCACAAUAGGUUUGUAGGAUAUCUGGCUUCUGAUUUCCAAAUGACCUCCAGCUAUUAGCAAAACAAACUUGGAUACUUAUAUAAAGGGUUAAAAUCUAGUCUUUGUUUUGAGAGGGAGUGUGUGGGGGGGUUUGUUCGUUAAAGAUGUUCUGGAGAUAGGAACUUAGUCUGUGUACCAGGAGAAUAUAUAGUAUAUGUUUAUUUCACCAUUUGUUGAAUAUUUCCUUGAGAUCAUAAUAUUUACCAUCACUCUGUGUAAUUAAAUUCACUAAUAUUUUCAUUGUUUAGCAGAGAGAGUUUCCAGUUCUCAGAGCUAUAUUUGGCACUAUCUCCAUUUGGUAUCAGGUCUGCUCCAUUUAUAUAUCCUACUUAAUACGGUUAGUUACUGUACAGUUACUGCACAUGAAAAAGAUAAUGUGUUUGGUAGUAACUGGCUAGGUGAAGUGUGUUAAGGAUGGUGUAGUCAAGACUAUUGUCUACUUUAAAUAUAAAAAAAAAAUCAAU